AUUGUUUAAGUAUUAAACAAUAAUAUUAUUAAGAUUACAUUUUUACAAACUGAUAUUAAACUGAAGAUGAGCGAUCAGAAAGGAAAUAGAUGGAAAUCCCUCAGGAGCAAGACUCGAGAUUUUCGUAUGAAAAGACGUGAAGCAAUAAUAAAUCCUCGAAAAGAAAAACAGGCAACUUUGCUUAUGGAAAGAAGAGGCAUUACUACUGAUUACGAUUCUUUUGAAAUUAUCAAGAGAUUAGAAACGAUAAAAGAAGACAUCGCACUUAACCUAAGCACUGUCCACGAUGAGUGCUGUCUGAAGAUAAUCCGAGAAAUUCGAAAAGGCCUUGAUAUAAAUCAAGAGUUAACUCUUGAUUGCAUAAUCAAUUCUGGAAUCGUACCUAUAUGUGUACGAUAUCUGAAUCAUACAGAUAAACCCGAUCUAACUCUCAUACCAGCUGAGAUUUUAGUUUAUUUAUCUUCGUGUGAACUUCACCAUACUAAAAUGGUUGUUGAAUCGGGUGCUCUGCCUGUUUUUAUACGAUGUUUAUCUUCUAUUUCGGAUAAUAUACGUGAAUUAUCUCUUAUGGCAUUAGGAAAUAUUGUCUUAACAUCAUCUGAUUUUGCAAACUUAGUAAUUCAGAACGGAAUUUUUCAACCACUUUUCGAAUUAAUUUCAUUCAAAUGUCCAACGCAAAUACCAGUUUUGAAGCGUGCUCUAUGGGUCCUUUCUUGUAUCGUACGCAUAAGUGAAGCCAGUCUUGUUUCAGAAAAUAAACAACUCUUUUUCCCAGUUCUUUGUCAAUUCUUGUUUUAUGAUGAACCAAUCGUCGUCAGCCAAUCUGCUUGGGCGCUUUCUUACUUGAUAAAAUCGGAACCUGAUUUUAUACAGAAAAUAGCUAAUUCCAGUGUCAUCUUGCGCCUCAAACAACUUCUAAAUCACCAGAGAGAUGAUAUAAUAAUGCCAAGUUUGCGAGUGAUUGGCAAUAUGGCCGCGAGUGACGAUAUUGCAACAGAGUCCAUUCUCAACAACGAUAUUCUUCUUUGUUUCCAUCAUCUUCUAGAGCAAAGAAACUUUAAAAUUCAGACAGAAGUGGCUUGGGUUCUGUCAAAUAUUACAGUAGGAACCACCGAACAGAUCCAAUACGUUCUGAAUAUUGGAUUAAUGGCACCCGUCAGACAGAUCUUAACCAUCGGAAAUUACAAAGCUAGAGUCCAAGCGAUGUGGGUCGUGGCCAACAUAGUUUAUAAUAAAUGCGAGACACAAGUCAAGUUUCUGAUUGAAAAAGAUGUUAUACCCCCUUUAUGUCAUAUGCUGUAUGCAUCCGAUCCAGAAAUUAUCUCUAAUAUUCUGGACAUUCUGAAAAUUGUAGUGAAGGUAGCAGAUAUGGCUGAAAUGGAAGAAAAGAUUCGCAUGAUGAUAGAAGAAUCUAGCGGCUUCGAAAUUAUAGAAAAGCUGCAAUAUCACGAAAAUCGCACCAUUUCUAAACAUUCUUCCGAACUGAGUGACAUGCUACACUCAAAAAAUCUUAAUUAUGCUUUAAAGAGCGAAGUCUUUUAUUAACUCAUUUUUCACAAAUGAAAAUGAACCAGUUUUCAAUUAAGUGAAAUUUAAAAAUUUUGAGAGUUGGCCUGUUAUAUUAAAU